UAACCUAGCUUUUGCAAUUGCAUGCAAGUUGUAAACAAUGCCAAUGCUUCACUAACGGUGACUUCUUUAAAUAAAACUGUUUUACAUCGUUUCCGUACAUUACAACUUUAAUUAGGAGACUGUUGUCAACAACAAUGAAAUCCAAUAAAAGAAACCAAGAUUUUAAAGGUUUAGAACUAAGACUCACUGAGGAGUCGGUGUCCCCCCAUAUCAUUUAUUUUAAAGAGCAUUCUGUGAGAGAACAUAGUCCUGACAAACCAUCAGGUCGAACUCUUUUCGUUGUCAACUUGCCACCAUAUGCAGAUGAAAAAGGGCUCAUAAACGCCUUUCAAGAAGCUGGUACGGUGCAUUCCGUGCACUUUUGUAAUAAACCCAAUGAAAUAGAAGAAAAACCUACCAAAACAUUUUUACCAGAAACAUUAAAUCCAAGGUUUAGAAUAGCCUAUAUAGUAUUUAAAAAAGUUGCACAGCUUGACAAAGCCCUAAAACUGACAAAAUUAAAGCCUAUGUAUGAUACCGACAAUGAAAUAAAACUUGGUAUGGAUAAAUGGAUACAAGAAUAUAAUAACUUAAUAUUGUUACCUAAAAACCUGAAAGAAAGCAUAGAAGAGUUUAUGAAAUCCUAUGAUGAGGAUACAAAGAGUGCUGCAGAAAAGGAAAAACAAUUGGAGCAGGAAGAUGAUGAAGGUUGGGUUACUGUGACAAAACGAGGGAAAGUGCAAAGCUUUGCUCGCUCCGACAAAGUUGAAAACAAAAUUAUGGCUAAAGAAGAAAAUAAUAAAAAGAGAAAGGAACUGAAAAAUUUCUAUACUUUCCAAAUAAGGGAAUCUAAAAUGAAACAUAUUGUUGCACUGAGGCAAAAGUUUGAAGAGGAUAAAAGAAAAAUUGCACAAAUUAAACAGAGUAGAAGAUUUAAACCUUUUUAA